UCUCUCAACACCAACAAAGUGUUCAGAGCCGGUCUGGAAGAGAAAAGCGUCAUGGCUACGGGCGGUCCUCGAGACGCCCUGGAAGACCAGAUCUUUGUGCUUGUCACUGGGGCCAACAGUGGACUAGGUUAUUCAAUAUGUUGUCGGCUGGUGGAUGAAUUCCUGACCUCUUGUCAGAAUGACCGUCAGUCAUUGACAAUCAUCUUCACAACCCGGAGCUCCAAGAAGGGCCUCGACACCCUGAAAGGCCUCCAAGCCCACCUCCGCAAAGCCACCAGCGAUCCCACAGCCUCCCCGGCGCAAGUCAACUUCGUCCCAGAGAACGUCGACCUCUCCGAUCUCCUCUCCGUCCGCGCCCUGUCCCGCCGCCUGCAGGCCUUCCCCAAGCUCGACGCCAUCGUGCUCAAUGCCGGCAUAGGCGGGUGGACGGGCAUCGACUGGCCCGCGGCCAUCUGGGGCGUCGCCACCGACCUGAUCCACCAGGUAUCCUGGCCCUCCUACAAGAUCGCGCCGCUUGGAAUGAUCACCGAGCCGCAAACCCGCCUCUCAGACCAGGAACCGCGCUUGGGGGCGGUCUUCUGCGCCAACGUCUUUGGCCACUACAUGCUGGCGCACAACGUGAUGCCUCUCCUGCACCGCUCCGCCGGGUCCCCGCGCGGGCCCGGCAGGGUAAUCUGGGUCUCCAGUCUCGAAGCAACAAUCAAAUUCUUCGACAUCAACGACCUCCAGGGCCUCCACACUCCCGCCCCCUACGAAUCCUCCAAGGCUCUAACCGAUAUCCUCUCGCUCACCUCGAACCUCCCCAGCGCCGCACCCUGGGUGAAAUCCUUCUAUUAUGCCACCACACCUCCUUCCGCCUCCGCCUCCGCCAACAACCCCGAACCCGCGAACCUCCUCCCACCACCACCACCAAACAUAUACCUCUCCCACCCCGGGAUCUGCGGCACGGGCAUCCUCCCGCUCUCCCUGCCCCUCUUCUACGCCAUGCUCGCAGCCUUCUACCUCGCCCGCUUCCUCGGCUCCCCCUGGCACACCGUCGCAACCGACCGGGGCGCCCGCGCGCCCGUCUGGCUCGCCCUCUCCACGCAAUCCGCCCUCGACGCCGCCGAAGCACCCUACAAGCAGCACGGCGGCGGGCGCGUAAAAUGGGGAUCGGCGUGCAGUCGCACGGGGGCCAACUCGGCCGUUUCCACCGAGAUAGACGGGUGGGGACACGGAGGCGUCGUCGGCCCCGCUGUGCUCGCGGCGGACCGGAACCGGCGCCGGAAGCGUGGCGCCGAGGAUCUCACGGGGCCGGAGAAAGAGCGGUUCGAGGUGCUGGGGAGGGAGUGUUGGAAGCAGAUGGAGGAGUUGCGGAUCAAGUGGGAUGCGCUUUUGGAUGAGGAGGAGGAGGAGAGGAGGAGAGGAGAGGAGGAGGAGGAGGAGGAGGAGUAGUAGUAGUAGGUACGCCUAUCCUGUCAAUUUUAAUUUUUUUUUUUUUUUUGACAAUUCGAAUUCGAAUUGGAAUUCAAAUUUGAAUUUGGGAAAAGGAGGAUGUAUAUAUUCUGCUUGGCGGAUUGUGUUAUCGAUUUCAAUACACGAUAGAUGAUGUAGUUAAUCAUUGAUAUCAUCAUAAUGAUAUACAUUCAAAAGAAA